AUUGUUUGUUGUUGAGAGGUAGUAUAGACAUCCACGCCGAUAUUUCUUAUAUAGCAUAUCAACAGUUGGCAGAAUUGUUGACAGACUAUCUUUUUCAAACUAACGUUGGACAAGAUGCAAACUUGGAACAAAUAUUGUGAGUCUUUUGAAUAUACUGUCGAGUUAUCCGCUUUUGAUGCCUUUCGAGUGCGUUUAUUACAUGGUUGGAUAAUUGACCCAAAGAACGACGUGUUGGUCUCCACCAUAGAUAACUUGUCUUAUAAUCAAUUGGUUGAUUUUCUGGUCGCAAGUGAUGAACUGAAACCUUCAACUAGAGAAUCUUCUUUGGAAACCCAUUCAGAUGGAGAAUCACUCACACAAGUACAUUCAAGUGUUCAACAACAACAAGAAAAAACUCAAGACACUUUGAAAGAGCCUCUCAAUGAAUCUUUGUUAGAAAGUAUAGAAAGAGAGAAUCCUAUGGGUACAGAGCAAGUAACUCAAACACAUGUAGAUGAUUCAACAGAACAAGGAAACUUAUCUGUUCAUAUGGAAAUAGAAGAUACCAACAAGGAGAAUUCUGAGGAACGAGAACAGUCAUCUGAAAUGGAGAAUAUCUCUAAUAAGGAAGUCACUUCACAAGAACAAAUGGAAAGCGAACUUACAAACUUGUCGAUAACACAACCUAGUCCAAGAACCAAAGCAACCAUAAUAAGAGAAUUCCUUACAGAAACCAGCAAUCAACUCACCAUUUAUGGUUUAGAAGAGUUGCACAAAUUGGUUGAGGAGAAUGAGUUGUGUGUAUUUUUCAGAAAUAAUCAUUUCUCUACGGUGACUAAGCAUAUGGGCAAUCUAUAUUUGCUCAUAUCGGAUAUCGGUUUUGCAGAAGAGAAGGAUGUUAUUUGGGAGAAGGUUUGUUCUAUCUAUGGAGAUUCAGAAUUUGUAACUGCAGAUUUUCAGUCCAUCCAACAUGAAGCUAAAACUUCAGGUUCUUUACCUACAACAGCUGGAACUGCAAGUUUAGAUGAACAAUUAGCUGCACAAUUACAAGCUCAAGAAAAACAGCCAUCUUCUUUGCAUGUAUCAUCUCCACAUGUUGAAGAUACUGAUUAUCAGCUAGCCAAGAAACUUCAAGAAGAAGAGCAAAGAAAACAACAAUCUCAUGCUACAACGAAUAGGACAAGUCCAUCUCGAAAUAUUCAUCGUACUUCACCUAAAGCAAAGGGUAGUCGUUCACCCAAGUCAUCUUCUGGUGGUGAUAAAAAGUCUAGUUGUAGUAUUCAGUAGUAUGGAGGAGAAUAUUGUACUACCAAAGGGUGAUAAGAUUCCUCUAUGGAUCAUUAGUAUUAUUAUUAUUUGUUUGGGAAUAAAAUGGCUUUUAUUGGUCUAUUCCAAAGAAGAUCAGCUUUUAGUGACUUAUCAAGCCUACAAAGACUUUGGCCAGCUUU